UUAGUACUAUUUAUUGCAAUGUUUACAUAGCUUUUUUCUAAGGAUAAUUUGGUUUAGUUUAGUUUGGAGAAAUGGAGAAAAAGGUAUUCACCUUUGAGGAGGCGUCACAGCACUGUAACCCAGACGAUUGUUGGCUUAUCAUCGAUGGCAAGGCCUACGACGUGACGGGAUUUCUUGACGAACAUCCCGGGGGCAAGGGACCCAUGUUAAACAUAUCAGGGGAAGAUGCAACCUUUGAAUUUGAAGAUGUUGGGCACAGCGAAAAAACAGAGGAAUUGAUGAAGGAAUUCUUUGUUGGGAAAAUAGAGCCAUAUACUCGUCCUAAAAUAAGGCCGAGUAUAACCAGACAUGUUGAUGGUCUCCUAAGGCACGGUUCAACUUCAACUUCAACUUCGACUUCGAGACUCAGCUUGCUCUAUGCCACCAUGCCCCCAUUCAUACUCGCGGCUGCAUUUCUUUUUCGUUAUUACAAUAGCAACAACAACGACUACAACGUCUAGUUUCACAGCUUCAUAAUAAAUAAUUUACAACAAUAAUGGCCAUUCAUGUGCUUCGAUUCAAAUAAGAGGUUGGUAUGGGUGAUGACAUUGUGUUAUUGGUUGGGUUGUAGCAAAUAACUACGAUUUUUAUUAGACGGAGAUGGUAUAUGGUCCUAUUUAUUGAAGCGUAUUUGAUAUGAGAAAGGAAACUAAACAAAUUCGGUGA